AUGUCUUUGAAACCUAGUAGCUCCGCUCGAUCUAUCGAUCCUUAUAGAAUGAUGGAUGGUCGCCCAACCUUUUCUCACGUUGCAACCUCCACGGGACCAUCCAGGAUCAUAAUAACAGCCGGGCAAGUGGGCGCUGACGAAAAUGGCAUUGUGCCGGCCACUCCUUCUGACCAAAUUGCCCUCGCAUUUGAAAACCUGUCUCGAUGUCUCGAAGCUGCGGGGGCAGGAGUGGCAGAUAUCCUCAAGCUCACAUAUUACAUCGUCAACUAUGACCCUAAGAACCGUCAUCACGCACCUCAUCUGAUUAAAUUUCUUAACGGCCACCGUCCGGCAACGACAUUAGUUCCCGUGACUGCGUUAGCCAAUCCGGAAUAUCUCUUUGAGAUUGAGGCCACCGCAGCUGUUGCACAAGCUCCAACACAAACUGUUGACGUGGUCGUUGUGGGGGCUGGUUUAAGCGGGCUGCAGACAGCUUAUGAUCUGCAAAAAGCUGGUUUCUCAUGUGUAGUUGUCGAGGCUAGAGAUCGUGUUGGUGGCAAGACAUGGUCUGUUGAGCCUAUUGCCAGUGGAAAAGUCAUUGAUUUAGGUGCGGCGUGGGUCAACGACACAAACCAGACAAGAGUUCACGCUUUGGCAAAGAAGCUUGGAUUAGCCACUGUGGUUCAGAAUACAAAAGGGAAUGUCAUACAGCAUGAUCUGGAUGAUUCGAAAUCCACGUUUGUGUACGGUACUGUACCACUGUUGGCCGAAAUUAACGGAACUGAGAAUAUGGUUUACGUGCGAGAUUUGGUUGAAGAAACGUGUCAGCAGCUUGACCUGUACAAGAUUACGCCUGCUGGUAAGGACCUUGACAAGUUAACCUUGGAAGAAUUUGUCAAGGCUCAAGAAAAGGGAGAGUCUGCGUUUGCAACAGUAACAAUUUGGACUAGAGUUAUGCUAGGUCUUGAGCCUUCUGAGAUGAGUGCUUUGUUCUUUCUCGAUUACUGUAAUAGAGGUGGUGGCUUUCUCCAGAUGAGAUCGGAUAAGAGACAUGGUGGUCAAUACAUGAGACUAGUCCAAGGAACCCAAUCGUUAUCAAAGGGACUGACUGAACUUCUCGCUCCGGGAACGGUUAUUCUUAAUUCACCCGUUCGUCUAAUUCGACAGGAUGGUUCUGGAGGUGCCUAUGUUUCCUCUGGACGAGGAGACUUCAAAUGUCGUAAAGUGGUAGUCUCGGUUCCCACGCCACUCUACAAGGAGAUCACUUUCGUGCCUGCUCUUUCCGAAGCUAAAACAACACUGAGCUCCAGUACAGUCCUUGGUUAUACCAGCAAAGCAAUGCUAAUGUAUGAUACUCCCUGGUGGAGGACUGCAAACCUUUGCGGGAUGGUACAAUCAUUCAAAGGGCCAGUCGCUGCCACAAGAGAUACCAGCAAUGAUGACAAGAAGCAAUACUCGCUGACUUGUUUUCUGGUGGGGGAUUGGGGGCGAGAGCAGUCAAAGAAGACUAAAGCUGAGAGACAUCAAGGUAUUAUUUCACAUAUAAGAGAGCUCUUCUCGCCAUUUGUAGAGGUUCCGGAACCGAUUACCAUCAUAGAGCACGAGUGGGCCAAAGAUCAAUGGGCGCAAGGAUGCCCAUGUCCGGCAACACCACCAGGGAUUAUGAGCCAGUAUGGGCAUGCGAUGACUACAGUUCAUGGGAAUGUGCAUUUUGUAGGCACGGAGACGGCGGUCAAGUGGAAGGGAUAUAUGGAGGGUGCGAUCGAAUCUGGGGAAAGAGGAGCAGAGGAGGUCAUCAAGUCUCUUACAAAAGCCAAGCUGUGA